AUGGUCGAGGAGACUGUUAGACGCGCUGGACCCAAGCCAGCCGGAAAACUUUACGUAAAGGCAGUUUUCACCGGAUUCAGAAGAGGACUUCGCACCCAACAAGAGCAUACCGCUCUUCUUAAGUUGGAUGGCGUUUUCAACAAGCAAGAUGCUGCUUUCUACGUUGGAAAGAGAGCUGUCUAUGUAUACAAAGCCCAAACCAAGCGCACCAGAUCUGGAACCAACACACCAUCUAAGACUCGCGCUAUUUGGGGAAAGAUCACCAGAGCUCACGGAAGCACUGGUACCGUCCGCGCCAAGUUCCGUUCCAAUCUCCCCCCUUAUGCUAUUGGUAACAGAGUUCGUGUGAUGCUCUACCCAUCCAACAUCUAA